CCGAACCCCCCAGUUGCCGCCGGCACCGGUUGCCCUUCUCGGCUCUCCAGUCCCUUCCUCCCAGGCAGCACAGGAACCGCGGCGAAACUAGUGACUACUGCUAGUUGUGAUGACGACGACCAAGAACCUUAAGCAGCAUCAGCAGCAGCAGCAGCAUGUGUUGCCCAUGGCGGCCCCUCUCAGGACCAAGCUCCUGCUCUGCGCCGCGCUCGGCUUCACGCUCGGCGUCGUCGCCACCGCGUUCCUCAUGACCUCUUCCUCGUCCGCCGCCUCCGCCGCGCUCCGGGGACGAGGAGGAGCGCUCGCCGGCCUCUUCUUACCACCGUCCCCCGCCACCCGGAACGCCGUCCAGCAGGAUCGACGGCCGCCGCCGGCGGCAGCGCGUUCGCAGCCCAAACAAGCAGGCGCGGUGGUCCCGCCAGCGAUGAUCCGCCGGUCUCGGACGUCCGACGCCCCGCCGCUGCCGGCCGCGGGCAUGCCACCACCGCCGGUUCCUCCGGCGCCGGCGGGCAUUACUAGCGCUACUGCCCCCCCGCCGCCGCCGCCUGGUAUUCGCGGCGAGAACGGACAGGCACCGCCUCGGCUUACUACUACUACUACUGCCUCCGGCGGCAAUGGUAGUGGCAGCAUCUUCGGUGACGACGACGACGACGAUGAGGAGCUGAUGGCCCGGGCGGCGGCGGCGCCGAGGGAGGUGCCGGCCGGGACGGUCCCCAGGGUGGCGUUCCUGUUCCUCACGCGCUGGGACCUGCCCAUGGCGCCGCUGUGGGAGAAAUUCUUUGAGGGGCACCGGGGACUCUACAACGUCUACGUGCACUCCGACCCGGCGUUCAACGGGUCCGAGCCGCCGGAGACCUCCGCCUUCUACCGCCGGAGAAUCCCAAGCAAGGAGGUGAAAUGGGGCGAGGUCAGCAUGGUGGAGGCGGAGCGUCGUCUUCUAGCGCACGCCCUCCUGGACGACCACUCCAACGCGCGCUUCGUGCUCCUAUCGGAGUCGCACGUGCCGCUGUUCGACCUCCCGACGGUGCACUCGUACCUCGUCAACUCCACCAAGGUGUACCUCGAGUCGUACGACCAGCCGGGCGCCACGGGCCGCGGCCGCUACAGCCGCCGGAUGAGCCCCGUCGUGUCCCCCUGGCAGUGGCGCAAGGGCUCCCAGUGGUUCGACCUCGACCGCCCGCUCGCCGCCGACGUCGUCGCCGACCGCGUCUACUUCCCGCUCUUCCGCCGCUUCUGCCGCCGCAGCUGCUACGCCGACGAGCAUUACCUGCCGACGCUCCUCAACAUCAUCCGGCGCACGUCGUCGUCGGCGGCGGGGGCCAACCGGAGCCUGACGUGGGUCGACUGGUCCCACGGCGGCCCGCACCCGGCGAGGUUCACGAGGAUGGAGGUCACCGUCGACUUCCUCCGGUGGCUCAGGGGCGGCGCCGGCAGCACGUGCACGUACAACGGCAGGACCACCACCCUCUGCUUCCUUUUCGCCAGGAAGUUCCUGCCCAACUCGCUCACCAGGUUCUUGAGAUUCGCGCCCAAGGUCAUGGGUUUUGGCUAAACCAGCGACCAUCGACGACGACGAUCGACAACGGGAGGGGGCGGCUGGCAUUGAAAUUGAACCGAGGCCUACAAUUUUUUAAGGAUGGGAUGGGAACGUGAUUGUUUUGUGAGGAACCUCAAAUACAUUCAUUCAUUCAUGUGCAGAUAGCUGCGUGUGCAAAUUUUUUUUCUUUUGAAUUCUCUUUUUGUAAAGAUAAAGAAAAGUGUACAGAGGACCGGAAAGAGUGAAAACAAAGAAAAGCUCAUCGUUGCUGUCA